CCAGAUAGAAGCCAGCGGAGAGCGGACAGACAGACAGACGACCGGCCGGCAUCCAUCCAUCCAUCCACCCCGCACAGGACACCAUGGCGCAUGUCGACAUCGAGCAGCUGAGGAGCAGGGGCGCCGGCAAGUCCAUCGCUGUGUUGACCAGCGGGGGAGACGCGCAAGGUAUGAAUGCUGCCGUGCGAGCAGUAGUACGGAUGGGGAUCUAUGUGGGCGCUGAUGUUUAUUUUGUGUAUGAGGGUUACGAAGGGCUUGUUGGUGGUGAGCAGUACUUGAAAUUAGCAGAAUGGGACAGCGUUUCCAAUAUCAUCCAACUUGGUGGAACUAUCAUUGGCAGUGCCCGGUGCAAGAGUUUCCGCACCCGAGAAGGACGCCUGGCAGCAGCUUACAACUUAGUCCAACAUGGCAUCAACAACCUGUGCGUGAUUGGGGGUGAUGGCAGUCUAACUGGGGCCAAUAUCUUCCGGGCUGAGUGGAGUGACCUGCUGGCAACUCUUGUUCAAGAGGGUAAAAUUACUGAAGAGGUUUCCCAACAAUAUUCCCACUUGAACAUUGUUGGGAUGGUAGGAUCAAUUGAUAAUGACUUCUGUGGAACAGACAUGACUAUUGGUACAGACUCUGCCCUUCACAGGAUCAUGGAGGUGAUUGAUGCCAUAACCACCACGGCACAGAGUCACCAACGGACCUUUGUGCUUGAAGUCAUGGGCAGGCAUUGUGGAUACCUUGCGCUGGUGUCUGCAUUGGCUUCUGGUGCUGACUGGCUCUUCAUCCCAGAGGCCCCUCCAGAGGAUGGCUGGGAAGAUUUUAUGUGUCAGAGACUUGGAGAGAGUCGCAUUAGAGGCUCAAGACUGAACAUCAUCAUCCUUGCAGAGGGAGCAAUCGACCGGCAUGGAAAUCCCAUCAGCUCCAACUAUGUAAAAGAUCUUGUUUCCAAGCGCCUUGGAUUUGACACACGGGUCACUGUCUUGGGGCAUGUUCAGCGAGGAGGAACACCGUCUGCGUUCGAUCGAAUUCUGAGCAGCAAGAUGGGCAUGGAGGCUGUACUCACACUGCUGGAUGCUUCGCCAGAGACCUCGUCUUGUGUCGUCAGCCUCAGUGGUAACCAGGCCUUGCGACUGCCGCUGAUGGAGUGUGUGCAGCUGACCAAGGAUGUUCAGAAAUCAAUGGAUGAGCGGAGAUUUGAUGAAGCCAUCACACUACGUGGAAGGAGCUUUGAGAAUAACUGGAAUAUCUACAAGCUGCUGGCUCACCAGAAGCCUGCUAUGACUAAGAGUCAUUUCAAUAUGGCCAUCGUAAAUAUCGGCGCUCCAGCGGCAGGGAUGAAUGCAGCUGUACGUUCGGCAGUCCGAGUUGGGUUAUCAGCAGGACACGUGGUCUACACUGUUAGCGAUGGGCUGGAAGGCUUUGCUAGCGGACAGAUUAAGGAAGUGAGUUGGCGUGAUGUUGGAGGCUGGACUGGACAAGGCGGGUCACUGCUGGGCACUAAACGAACACUCCCUGAAAAGUGCAUGGAAAAGCUUGUGCAACAAAUACGCAACUACAAAAUCCAUGCUCUCCUGAUCGUCGGAGGCUUUGAGGCUUUUGUCGCAGCCCUGCAACUGACCGAGGGCCGGGAACACUACGAGGAGCUCUGUAUCCCCAUGUGCGUCAUCCCCGCCACCAUCAGCAACAACGUGCCGGGAACUGACUUCAGUCUGGGCUGCGACACCGCUGUCAACGCAGCCAUGGAGACCUGUGACCGCAUCAAGCAGUCGGCCUCAGGAACCAAGCGGCGGGUCUUCAUUGUGGAGACCAUGGGGGGUUACUGCGGCUACCUGGCCUCUGCCACUGCCCUGGCUGUUGGGGCCGAUGCUGCCUACAUCUACGAAGACUUGAUCAACAUCCACGACUUGACGGCUAAUGUGGAGCAUCUGACGGAGAAGAUGAAGACAACAGUGCAGCGAGGGCUGGUGAUCAGAAAUGAAAAAUGCCACCAACACUACACCACGGAAUUCUUGUACAAUCUGUACUCUGCUGAAGGGAAAGGUGUGUUUGACUGUCGUACCAACGUGUUGGGCCACAUGCAACAGGGAGGAGCACCUACCCCGUUUGAUAGGAACUUUGGGACAAAGCUGGGCGUGAAAGCUGUGCAGUGGCUAACGGAGAAGCUCCAGGAAUCCUACAGGAAAGGGGCAGUCUUUGCAAACUCUCCUGAGACGGCCUGUGUCCUGGGAAUGAAUAGGAAGGCCCUGGUGUUCCAACCCGUCGUGGAGCUGAAAGGACAAACCGACUUUGAGCACAGGAUGCCGAAGGAGCAGUGGUGGCUGAGGCUGCGGCCUCUGCUGAAGAUGCUGGCCAAGUACCAGACCCACUUCGACAACUACAUCACGGGCAAGGUCGAGCACGUCAACAGGAGGAGCCUCAGCGUGGAGUCCGGCUUCUGAGACAAGCAGCUCCGUGCAUCACUUUCUACUGUAUUUCGUCCCCUUACCAUGUUGACUGUGAGUUAGUGUACAACAACUUGCCCUGCACUAGCUCCACAACUUAGUACAUCCCCGGGUGCUUCAAGCACACUCUCAGACUAGUGGGAAUUUUCAGCCGAGGUGGCAGCAGAUGUGGUCCUGAAGGGGCCGUGCCCAUCUACUCGAAGGUGUCUCCAUGUUUCUGAUCACUAUGUCCCUUCCGACACAUCUGUACUGACUCCCACACCUCUACAUUCUACUGUUCAUUAAACGCACAGGACAACUUGUGUUGGUUGUGAUGCCAACUCCUCCACGUCCUCUCACAUAUUUCUCUCUCCCUUUUCCUCUUUCCCUCUCCCAGCUCUCUUUCCAUUCCCUCCACAGUAGUCCUGAAAUCACAGGAGCUUGACACAAAGUAAAGUGUUCUCAGUGUUUUUAGAUCUCGGGUAUAAAUAAUCCAACACCAUCCCUUCCACUCAGCGCAGUAACUGGAGGCUGUCUUGAGGGUGAAGGCGUAAAACCAGGAGUUGGGGAUGCUGAAAAAGUAUUCUUUAAAUGUCUCUGGUGAAGCAAAUGUGAUGGAAUGAGUGGGGAUGGAUAUAGGAGGUGUAUUUAAGUAAAUUCAGUCUGAAACUCAGUACCCUCGCCAACCUCCAGUGGCACAUAGGAAAUACAGGGCUAGCACUGAUAUGACUACCUUCCCAUGUCUAAUUACUGUAAGAUAUCUCCUGAAAACAAUGUUGUGUUUUAUGCAUUCUAUAAUCUGAGUGUUGAUCAUGUAAUCCUAGUCAAGCCUCUGGCUGCAUGUAACUGUCCUAUACACUCCUACAUUAAUACUUGAUUUGAAUACAAUUUAUAAUGUUCACAUCUUCUGAUAAUGUACUGUAGAAAUUAACAGGGAUCAUCCGUUUCAUUGCAAUGAAGGCUUUGAAAGUGAAAAAUUCCAAGUAAUUCCCUUUACCAGAAAUGUAUUGAUCCAUGGGUUAAUUGUGGCUGAUUAUACAAGAUUCUUUUAAUAACAAGAUUUUUUUUAAUCCUAAGUAAUCUUAUAGUUACUUUAUCUUAAGAAAGUAUUGGCAAGGACACAGCCAUGGAGUAUUAUUGUCGCUCCUCAAUAAUAUGUAUUACAUUUAUUCCAGUGUUUAUUUUGAAAUGAAUAAACAUUUGUUUAAAUAUCAAGGUUGCAUUUCCCUUUAUGUAUUACCAUAGUAUACUCUGGUUAUAUGGCCACUCCAGCUAAUCCCCUGUGGAUCUGUCCCUUGUGUUGUCACAAGAGGGGUCCAAUCAAGGCAGGGUGGCAGGAUGAGUUAUGGCUCUGUCCAUCCAACCCAGAUGGAAAGAGUGAGAGUCGUCCUUGCCAGCUGGUGAAGCCAGCCCUGCUGCUGAUGCAUACAAAUACAACUUAGAAUGUCCGGUCUGCAGACUGCCAGGCUGCCGUAGAGGGAGCCUUUCAUUCGGGAUUGGGCACCGGACCAAAGUGAAAGGGUUUUACUUCAUACCUGAUCAAAGGUACUCGCACAUGGUGAAGAAAAGAUUUCUGUGCCAAUAUAGUAUUUUACAAUCUCCAACAAUGGUUCAAUAAGGUACAGUGACUGUUAUAUAGCACCACCUUUAACAUAGAGUACACCAUCAUUAGCCAGUGUGUCUAAUCUGUACUACAGCUAUUUGUGGGAUUUAUAUAUAUUAUCUGCAUCAUGUACUGACCAUGGAAUUUGAUUUGCUAGAUUAUGUCUUGUGAUUAAAUUUGUAUUGCACAAUGA